AUGCAGGCAUUUGAGCUAAGUGUUGUGAGAACACAGUGGAAAGGUCAGGGCAGCCCCUCACCCGGCGCCAUAUCCCACAACCUGUGCACCGCACUCAUCUUCAGUGGCUUUGUCUCCCUCAUUUGCGAUGCCUUCUACCCUAUCUACUUCCAUCCCCUCAUGCGGCUGAAGGAGUACCGGAAGGAACAAACCAUAAAUCGAGCUGGUACUGUUCAAGCAGAUGGGCAGUCACCAGGGUUAAAAGUGUGGUCUGAUCCAUUUGACAAGAAAUAA